AUGACAGAGAUGGCUGGUAUUGGUCUUCCUGAGCAUACGAGAAACGCCCCAGAAGGAUUGGGAAUAAGAGAUACAACAUGCGAACCAGACCUCUCCACCUUAAAUAUUGACUCGGAUCGAAUUCUAGACAGCUGGCAGAGUCUUGAAGAUGCGAUUCGCGAUGGUGACAAUGUCGAAGCCGUCAAGAAGCUCUGGGAGAAUCAAGAAACGCACAAAGCAUUGUUUGAAACCGUACUGGUCACAUCGCACCCGCGUCCUCAGAAGGGAGUGACACCUUUGAUGCUGGCGGCAGCACUGGGCCGCACCGAUAUCGUUAGGUUUCUUCUUCAGCAGAAAGCAGAAGUCUUGUCAACUACAAAUUUGAAAUUCACUGCGUUUCACUGCGCCUGUGAAGAGAACCAUAUUGAGAUUGCGGAGCAUCUCUUGCGGGUGGAUAAGAGCUUCUUAGAAAUGGAAUUUAGGCAUGAGUACACGGCAUUGAAUCGCGCCUCGACUGUCGGCGAACAGGAAAUUGUCGAAUUUCUUAUCGAAAAGGGGGCUAACAUCGAAGCCGCUGAUGUCGAUGGAAAAACACCGCUUCACAAUGCCUCGAUUUCCGGCUUCCAGAAUAUUGUCGGAUUUCUUAUCGAAAAGGGGGCUAACAUUGAAGCCAUUGAUAAGAAUGGAGAAACCCCGCUUCAUAAGGCCUCGACUUUAGGCAAACAGAAAGUUGUUGAAUUCCUUAUCGAAAAUGGGGCUAACAUCGAAGCCGCUGAUGUCGAUGGAAAAACAUCACUUCACAAUGCCUCGAUUUCCGGCUUUCAGGAUAUUGUCGAAUUUCUUAUCGAAAAUGGGGCUAACAUCGAAGCCGCUGAUGUCAAUGGAAAAACACCGCUUCAUAAGGCCUCGACUUUAGGCAAACAGAAAGUUGUCGAAUUCCUUAUCGAAAAGGGAGCUAACAUCGAAGCCACUGAUAAGCAUGGAGACAAACCGCUUCAUAAGGCCUCGAUUUUGAGCGAACAGAAUAUUGUCGAAUUUCUUAUCGAAAAAGGGGCUAACAUUGAAACCACUAAUAAGUACGGAGAAACACCGCUUCAUAAGGCGUCGACUUUAGGCGAACAGAAUAUUGUCGAAUUCCUUAUCGAAAAUGGGGCUAACAUCGAAGCCGCUGAUGUCGAUGGAAAAACGCCGCUUCACGUUGCCUCGAUUUCUGGUUUUCAGAAUAUUGUCGAAUUCCUUAUCGAAAAGGGAGCUAACAUCGAAGCCACUGAUAAGCAUGGAGAAAAACCGCUUCACAAGGCCUCGAUUUUGAGCGAACAGAAUAUUGUCGAAUUCCUUAUCGAAAAGGGAGCUAACAUUGAAGCCGCUGAUAUCUAUGGAGAAACACCGCUUCAUAAGGCCUCGAAUUUGGGCUUUCAGAAAGUUGUCAAAUUUCUUAUCGAUGAGGGAGCUAACAUUGAAGCCACUGAUAGGUAUGGAGAUACACCGCUUCAUAAGGCCUCUUUAAAUGGACAACUUGAGAUUAUCGAAGUACUUUUGACAGUAGACCGUGACAACCGUUUGAUUCUUGCAAUGAAUUAUGAGGAUCAGAAUGCCUUCAUGAUGGCGGUCGUGAGCGACAAAGCCAAUGUUGCCGACUACUUGCUUCAAAAGCUACCCAAAUACUCUAAAGAUCAAUUGAAAAUGAUCAGCGUAACGAGCAGAUUUGGCAUUAGCUCAAUUGGAUUGGCUGCUGUCUAUAAAAACGUCUCACUUUUUCUCAAGCUUUUAGAGCUCCCUCCCUUUUUUCCACUUUCCCCAGCGAAAAAUGAUCCGUUCUUUGGAGGAACUCAUUUUGAGACUGAAAUCCACGAGCUGAUUGGGGAGUAUCUCGAUGCCAAGGUCAAACCUGUUUCCGAUACCAAGAUCAAACCUGUGUCCGAUGUCCUGAAGGCUAUUUGCUAUUACGCUGUAUUGAAUGGGCAUGAGGACUUAGUGAAAGAUUGUUUGGCUGCAGGCGGCGAGAAUUUGACCUCCUGGAAGAAAGCAGAAGCGACAUGGGUUCACGUUGCUGCCAUCGGUGGAGCAGUCUCCACCAUUCAAUAUCUGCUGGAAGAAAUGCACUUGAAAUUAAAUGUUCCUGCGGAUGGGAAUAUCACACCAUUGCAUCUAGCAGUUAGGUAUGGGCAUGUGGAUACGGUGAAGUACAUAUUGGCUCAACUGGGGGACGACGACGCUCUAGACGUCAUUCUUAGACGGACUGAGAUUGACGAGUCAGAAAGCUCCAACAUGAUGAAUGGCGAGAACGUAAUCUCACUGGCUGUCUCUGGAAGCAAUGAAAGGGAAAAAACUAAAACUAUCGAGUUACUUCUGUGGGACGAGCUGAAAAAGAUAUACCAAAAUCUCAUCGAAAAGUCUAGCGCAUCCAAAAUUGACUCCCAAGUUGACUCCAAAAUUGAGCUCAUCAUGGAGCUAGCAGCUGAAUUCGAACUGCCACGAAAGGAAAUCAAUUUGAUGUAUUUCCUAAAGCCUUUGUCUCGCCUAAGGAAAUGCCAGCACGAUGAGUCAAACGCCCUCCAUUUGGCGGUUUAUCUCGAGCGCCCCAUAGUCGUUUGGUGGCUUCUCUCCAAUGGCGGCUACUUGAAUCCAAUGGAUAUCGAAAAAGCACUUGAGCUUGCGAAAGGCGACAGAAUUAAGCAGAAGAUGAUAACAAGAAUUUUGAAAGACCCUCCUCCCGUCCAAAAGCAGCGAGCUCCUUGGGACGACAAGUAUCCGCCCCUUCCUCCCACUCCUCCCCCUUCGCUCACUCAAGGCGGCCCAAAAGGAGCAAUAGUUGACUCUUAUUCUGAUGGAGGGCUUAAAUUCAAACUCCGAUCAGUGUACGAUUUAAUUUAUGAAGAGGGGCCCCAGAAAAUCAUGAAGUUGGUUCAGAAUUACGAUCUCAAAUCAUUCCAGGAGGAGGUCAAUUUUAGGACGGAAAAGCCAAACGCAACGGACAAAGAGGUCGAUAAUCACCUGAAAAAAAGGCAGUAUGAAGCAAAUUUAACAGCAGCGGAGACUGGUAAAAAGGAAAAAGAUAGUAAAAUUACAGAUAAGGAAAACUGGAGAUGGAUCCAUAUUCCGGUGAACAAUUUACGCUAUGUUAAGGAUCUCAUGACCUGCAUCUCAAUAGAUCAGGGCAUCAAAAAAGGGGAUCACCGGCCCUUAAGAGAGUUUGUGAAGACGAGCUGGGCCCAACUAUCAGCAGGGGGAGGUAAAAGCUACAUGAAGCCACAAUUCAAGAUUAUGGAGAGGGAAAGCGUUGACAAGAUACCUAAAGACUCUAAGAGCUCAGCAUCUAAGAUAAAAAGCCUCGAAAACAGUUGGGUGGCUCUCUAUAUGCCUUUUGUCUUUUGGGUCGAUUAUGAGGGUGAUAAAGUCUUAACGCCCGACAGCUCUCAGGAAAAAUCCUCGACAGAAACUAUUGAACAUCAUUCUAUGACUCUUGAUCAAUAUUAUUACGUGUCUUUAGAAGAUACGAAAGAAAGGGAUAAAGAUCAGGUGUUGUAUCGCUACAUAAACCGUGCUUGCAAGAAGCCUAAAACACGCAGAUAUGAUAAAGACCAAAGUUCAGCCGAAGAGCGAGGCAAGAAAGAAUCUCUUUCAACGAGAAGAGAAUCAAAGCUAGUCCAAAUGCGCCCUAGGACAAAGAUCUUGAUGGUUCAUCAGCUCUGGCUUUGGAUUAUUGAUGGCAAGACUAUCAUCACUAGCUCUACCAGCGAACCAGCCGAUGCGACAACCAGCUUUUUUCAGCGCCUAUUGACUGCUCUCCAAUCAAAAGACAGAGUGUCAAACUGUUCUAUUGGGCAAUUUAUGGAGCUUGCCCUUGUUGAGGCAACUAGUCUACUAAACGCCCGGGAGAUCGAGAUUAACAUUCUCAGGCAAGAGAAGUCUCUAAGUAAGCACCCAAAAGAGAUUGCGGAGGGUGAAGAGCCUGAAGCAAAACUUGAGAUCAUGAAAAAGUCACCGUUAGAGGUGUAUCGUGAAUCAAUUUUACAUGUCCGUGAACAAGAAGCAAAUUUAUUUGAGAACUUUCGCAAGAAGCUCAAUGAGAAGGGGGAGAGAAAAAAGGUAUGGAGCCUUAGGGGGCCAGUCAGUGAAGGGGGAGAAGGGAAAGGGAACAAGAAGUCAAAGGAGCAAAACAAAAUUUCGAUCAGAGAUUCAAAUGACCCAAAAGAGGCCAGCUAUUUACCCGAGCAAACACCUGGCCUGGAAUCGAAGCUAUCUCAAAGAGCCCAAAAUUUCCUGCAGCUUUUCCACUCUUUCAGUGAGGCAGGCCCGGCGAAUAAACGCGAUCUCGAAGGCGGAGCCCAGAGCAGAGAUAAUCUAUGGACUAGGGCCUCUGUAAGAUUGAACGAGGGUCAACGAGCACAAGAACACCACGAAGAAGAGAUCGAAAAAGGUGAGCAAACAAAGAGCUCGAAGAUAAAGAAAUCACAGAAAGUCAGUAAGGUCGAUAAAGAGCAAGAAGAGUUGGAAAACCCGUACGGCGAUAUAAAGGUAGAGACAAAACUAUUACGCGAGGUCAAAGACAUUAUUGAUGAGCUGAAUAUGCUCAAGAAUCUCACUGAAGAUCAGGAGCGGGUCUGGAGACAGAUUUGGAAGGACGGGGAAAAUCCUAUACCUCUUUUCACCUACGAAACACCAACUGAAAUCAAAGAGGAUAUCAUUGAGAUGAUCAAUGAGGCCGAAUAUGUGCAAAAGUCUCUUGACACUCUACUAGAUCUCAAGCAGAAACAAGCAAACAUACAAGAGGCACUCAACACCCGAGAGCAGACCGACACAGUAAUGGUCUUCACAGUGAUCACCAUUAUAUUCCUUCCUGCAUCGUUUUUGACAAGUCUCUUUGCGCUGAAUGUCUCCGAAUUUCCUCAUGUGAAUGGCAACCUUCAGUAUCGAGGAAGCCGGAUUUUUCCCAUUAUUUUCUGCAUCUCUCUUGGUGUAUCCCUCGUUUUCUCUAUUUUCGCUUUCAAUUGGAAUUCAUUGAAGAAUAGUUUGAUAAGACGGUGA